AUUAUAGCUUGAGGUGAGUCGCUUUUCACGUCUCAUUCUAUAAAUAAACAUCGCUUAGUCAAAUUACAAACAUUAGCUAUCUAAAGUUUGUUUUUUGUUAAUGGUUUGUCAAUAAAGAUCGAGUUUGAAACGCUUCUGAAACAAAGAUGGCGGUGGAUCAGGCUGACCGCGGAGUUCCUCCCUCACUCUCUGCUAAAGUGACAGGGUCUUUUGCCUAUUUAACUGUAAAAGACAGAUUACCCACGAUUUUAACCAGAGUUAUAGACACAAUACAUCGUAACAAAAACAAGUUUUUUGAAGAGUAUGGAGAGGAGGGAAUCAGUGCUGAGAAGCAAGCAAUAUCUCUGCUGUCUAAGCUGAGAAAUGAGCUACAAACGGAUAAGCCGCUCCUGUUAAUAACAGACGGCUUACAGGACACAGAAUCCUGGAACCAGUACAUGGAGAGACAGCAGAGACUGUUGGGGGACCAGGAUGCUGUCAGCUGGUUUAAGUCCCCAUGGCUUUAUGUAGAGUGCUACAUGUACCGCAGGAUACAAGAAGCCCUUAUACUCAAUCCUCCCAUCAGCAACUUUGAUGUGUAUAAAGAAGGAAARACUCAAAGCUUUUUUGAGUCUCAGCAGGCUGUAAUGGCCUUAUGCACUUAUUUGUCAGACUUCCAUAAGAACACAGAAAAACUGUCCAAGAAUCAGCUGUUUGASUUUUUCAACAAACUUCUCCAGAUUUCUCUUUGGGGGAACAAGUGUGAUCUUUCUAUCUCUGCUGGUCAAGAAAACUCCCAGAAGACAAGUCCAAUAGAUUCUCUAAACAGCCUUCAGCCUUUUAUCUUAGUGGAUGACUCCAACAUGGUUUGGUCAGCUCUUCAUUCAUCCCACAGGCUGGACGUGUCUGGUAAAAACGCUGCAGAGAGAGUGGACAUUGUGCUAGACAAUGCUGGCUUUGAGCUGGUCACCGACUUGGUUUUAGCAGAUUUCCUGGUUUCUUCUGGCCUCGUGCGGCAGGUCCAUUUCCACGGCAAGUGCUUCCCGUGGUUCGUCUCUGACGUCACAGCUAACGACUUUCAGUGGACCAUCCGGCAGACAAUGGCAGCCAAUCACAGGUGGAUGUCCAAGAGUGGCGUCCAGUGGCAGAAAUACCUGAAAGAGGGUGUUUGGCGCUAUCGUGAUCAUCCUUUUUGGACGCAGCCUCACGAGUUCUGCGACAUGGCGGCCGAUGCUCCCGACUUGUACGCGACCCUGCGAGAGGCCGACCUGGUGUUUUUUAAAGGCGAUCUCAACUACAGGAAGCUGACCGGAGACAGAGACUGGGAUCACACCGUGGAUUUCAGCGCAGCACUCAGAGGUUUUGGGCCCGCACCGCUGUGUAGCCUGAGAACCCUGAAGGCUAACGUUCAGGUGGGUCUGCAGCCGGGCCAAGGGGAGAAGCUCACAUCCCAGGACCCAAACUGGAUGACCAGCGGGAAGUACGCCGUCAUCCAGUUCAGCAGCCCAAAGUCAGAACAGUGAAGCUGGCCUCAGGAAAAACACUGGAAAGUUUCUUACAGUUAAUUGCCAAAUGUAGGUGGUGCCAUUAAUCCAUAACAAACUGAAGUGAUGAAGGGUUGUUGAUCUUUUAUAGUCUUUAAGCACUUUGAGUUUGACAACGAAAUGCACUGCAACCAUACAGUUUUCUUUUAAAUUUUCAUUUAAAUUUCAG